CUAUCUACUUACCUACCUACCUCUCUGUCGUUCUACCUUUUUGGCUUUCUUUCUGGCUGUUCAUCUGUCUGUCUGGCUGACUGGAUACCAUGCCAGGUUCAACCCAAAAGACCUGCCAGUCAUGCAAGGCACAAAUAAAUGUUGGCUGUAAACACUGCAAGCUGUGUGGGGCUUCUCAGCCCCAGAAAGUGAAAUUGCAGCAGGCCAAAGACAAAGCAUCAAAGGAAUGGGCCCAAAAAAUGUUGAAUGGAAGAAACACCUCAAAGCUGAUAAAUUCCACCAAUCUUCUACUCCACAAGUUUCACAUGUUGGGUUAUUACCCCCUUCUUCUUCUUGGGAGGAGGAAGACGAGGCAGGCCACAAAUUUUAGGGCAGAUGUUUUUUAUCCUCAGCAGUUUUCUUCAGAAAUGGAGAGGACAUCAAUUUCUACAAUUCGUUUGCUGUAUGAAGGUCUUCUAAAAGUGGCUCUUAAUCCAGAAGCCAACCCCAACUCUUCAAAUGCUCCUGAGACCAACACCAGCUCUGCCCAUACUCCUGAGACCAACACCAGCUUUUCACAUGCUCCUGAGACCAACUUCAGCUGUUCAGAUGGUCCUACAGAGAACCCCAGCUCUUCAGUUGCUCCCCUUCAUACUGAACCUACAUACACCUUAAUUCUUACUCCUGUUACAUCUGAAAAGGAAAAUUCCACAGUGGUUCUUAAUCUGGAAGUCAACCCCAGCUCUUCAGAUGAUCCUGAGACCAGCCCCAUCUGUUCAGAUGCUCCUGAGACCAGCCCCUUCUCUUCAGAUGGUCCUGAGGCUAGCCCCAGCUUUUCAGCUCCUCCUGAGCCCCGCAGCAGCUCUUUAGAUGAACUCAAUCCAAUUCUCUCCCCUGUUACAUCUGGAAAUGGGAAUUCCACAGACAAGUACCCCUGCAAGAAAAGAACACAAGAAGUAACACCAAAUGUGUCCAGCUCGACAUUUAAUCGUACUUUUCCCUGCAAGAAAAGAAGAAUAAAGAUCAACCCAAGUGAAUGCCCUGUCCACACUAUGGCUGACACCUACCCAGUCCAAAAAAUUUUAUCACAGAGGGUAUCAAAAGAGGGCACAAAAGAGGUCAAAGUCCGUUGGCAGCAGUGUUCUGGGUGUGGCAUCAAGUGGAAAGACACAUGGGAGCCUUUCAACGAGAUAUUCCCGUAGUAAUGAUUUGAAAUAAUACUCUAAAUUAUUCAUUUUGGAAUUUUGAUGUUUAGCAUAACUAUUUCUAGGUGAUGUGUUAUUUAUUCAUCAUUACCCUUGUCAUUCAUAAGGUUAUUAUUGUUCAAUAAAGAUAUUGUGCAACAUCUUA